AUGGCAGAACACCUUCUGCAGAGGUUCGCUGCCAUGGGUAGCACCAGUACUACUGGGCCACCUUCUUCGGCCGCUACGCUCAGCCAGCGUAUUCACCACGAACCGUUCGGCAAAUAUCCUGUUUACGGUCCGGGAUCCGGGCCAGAUAUUUAUGACGACGGAGGAGAAUUCUGGCAAGGUGAAACUGGUCCUGGAUUUUUCUCUGGAGGUGGACCGCCAGUACCGCCACCACCACCUCCGCCAUUACCCCCACCGUUUCCGUACCGUAUUCCAUACGGAAAGUUUGGCAAGCCUCGCUUCAAGGGGGCUUCGGUUGCAGUUCUAACAUUCAUCGGAUUUCUAUUUUUUCUUAGUGUGCUCCAAAACUACAUUCGUGAUUAUUCCACUACCAACACACCCACGGUUGUCGUUGUGUCAUCCGGAGCGACCAAAGAAAACUCGCAGCAGUAUCCGUUUUUGCAGAAAACCGACUUGGAGCUGAGUGAAGAGUCGGACGAUGGUUACUCCAGUUAUAAGCCGAAGGUUCCGCAACACUUGCAUGGAAAACGCCCGAAGAAUCAAAAACGACAUUCGCAAGACUCCGUGAAGACAUCUUCGAAGCAACCUUCGUUCUCCGAUUUGAUCAGUGUCGGAACUUUCCCGGUCGAGUUUCAGAUUGAUUUAACAGGUCUAAUCUGCUAA